AUGUCAUGUUACUUGUCUCAGAGCUGCUUUAGGCAGCUUGCGCGGAGUCCUUUGAGACAAGGACCUCUGCCCAACUUCCUCGUCCCUGCUUUCUCUCACCCUCUUCGGACACAACCUUUCUCGACCACGUCCCCGGUACAAUCGCGAGUUGGCGGCGCCGCGAUCACCGUGCCCCCGAAGGUGUCUCUGAAGUUCAUCGACCUCCCUCAGCCUAAGACCAAGGCCAAGUCGGUUGACUUCCCGAACAUGGCCGUUGAGGUCAAAGGACCCCUGGGUGAAUUGUCGCUGAACAUCCCUUCCUACGUGAAAAUCGACUACGAUGAAGCCCUUCGGAAAGCCACUCUGGCUGUUCAAGACUCAGAGAUCACUCACCAGCGUGCUAUGUGGGGAACCAUGCGCGCCCACCUACAGAACCACAUCCUCGGAGUGUCGGAAGGUCACAUUUGCAUUCUGAGUUUCGUUGGUGUUGGUUACAGAGCUAGCAUCGAACCCACGGCGACCACCGUUGAGCCCCAAUACCCCGGUCAACAGUUCGUGUCCCUGAAGGUUGGAUACUCGCACCCGAUUGAGCUGGGUAUUCCCCAGGGCGUCAAGGCCAGCACACCCCAGCCGACUCGUAUCCUGUUGGAGAGUGUGGACAAGCAGCUUGUGACCAAGUUCGCGGCGGAGAUCCGCGAAUGGCGCAAGCCGGAACCUUACAAGGGCAAGGGUAUCUUCGUCAACGGGGAGACGAUCAAGCUCAAGGACAAGAAGAUUCGGUGA